CUCAAAAUGGCUGUGGUUUUGGGCUGAUUUUCUGAAGUAGUUGGUCUGCAUAUUGUGUUGAUUAUUUUCCCUCAUUCUUCCACUAACACAAGGGGGCUUAAAGCAUCACCUGCAUCUAAAUUUAACUGUACUUUGAGCUGCCAAAAUCUGCUACACUUUUAAUUCUUUCUGAGGAAGUGACACAGAUUCAUGUGUCUUCAUGAAGAGAGUGGAAAAGCCCGAGGGUUACAGACAAAUGAGGCCCAAAACAUUCCCAGCGAGCAACUACACUGGCAGCAGCAGACAAAUGCUGUUAGAAAUUCGCGAGAGCCUCAGACACCUACCUAAACCAUCUGAUGUAACCAAGCCCGAGCAGCAGUCAGCCAAAGCAGAGGAUUCCAGGCAAGGGCGCAGUACCCCCAAAUUUGGUACCUAUCAUAAGGCGUUGGCUGAAAUUCGGAAUUCUCUUCUGCCAUUUGCCAAUGUGUCAGGCUCAUCUCCGAGAGGAAGUUCAGAAAUCAACAGGCAGAUGUUUCAUGACCUCCAGCAAGCAGGUUUUGAUGAGGAUAUGGUUAUUCGAGCUCUUCAACAAACUAAUAGCCGCAGCAUUGAAGAAGCCAUAGAAUAUAUCAGCAGGAUGAACUACCCUGAACAGUACCAAGAACCUCACAUUGCUUCAAGAACCAUCAAUGCCAGCAUAAAACCUACAGGCAACAUGCAAAAUCCUGUGAAUCGCAGACAAAGCUGGAAGGGUUCUAAAGAAUCCUUGAUCCCUCAAAGACACGUAUCGCCUUUGUCUGACAGUGUAGGCUAUGCUAUGUCUGAGAACUCCAAUUCCCAAACUGAAAUGGGCAGACCUUUGUCAGGUUCAGGCCAUUCUGGCUUUGCCCAAGUACUUCCUGUUAAUGGACAACGUGUGAAUCCACCACCUCCUCCUCAGAUGAGGAGUGUAACACCACCACCCCCUCCUCCUAGAGGACAAACCCCUCCUCCAAAAGGUACAACUCCCCCUCCUUCAUCUUGGGAGCCUGGUUCUCAGCCAAAGAGAUAUUCUGGCAACAUGGAAUUCUUAAUAUCACGAAUGAAUUCUGUUCCAUCUGGAAGCAGGCAAGAGGGAUAUCCAGUUUCAUCAGUUAAUGCACAGUCUCAGGGGCAGAGAGUCAUAAAUUCCGUUCCUGUUGGUAGGCAACCAAUAAUCAUGCAGACCUCUAACACCAAAUUUGGAUACUCUGGAAGGCCAGGGAUGCAGAAUGGUAAUGGACCGAGUGAAUUCAUACCAAAUCAGGGCGGUGGAAAUAUAGGCGGUCGGCAGCCCCCUCCACCCUACUCAAUACCUAAUGGUCCACACAAUACAGCUUUACAGGUGCAAAGUGGUGGUGGACCUUUGUCAUCUAAUGCUUACGGGACCAAUACCAAUCUGCCUCCCUCCAUGCUUGUAUCAAAUAGAAACAGUCACAACUUGGAGAUGUACAACAUUAGCUUGCCAGGUCACCCAACUUCCUGGCCUCAGGCAACGUCUACACAGUCAGCUCCUGGGAGUAACCAUGAAAUGCUGCCUUGGCAAUCUAAUAUUCCUGUCAGGUCCAACUCUUUCAAUAAUCCUGUGGCAAGCUGGCAGGUGCUUUCUAAUAACGCACAGACUUCUGCCACCACUGUGACUGCAGUCACCCCUUCUCCUAUUCAACAGCCUGUAAAGAGUAUUCGGGUUUUAAAACCUGAACUUCAGACUGCGUUGGCACCCAAUCAUCCUAUUUGGAUGACACAGAAUGUACAGCCUGGUCCUUUUCAGGAAGGUGUACCACACAACACUUCAACACAACAUGUAGAGGCACCAAAUUACCAAGGACCACCGCCACCCUAUCCCAAACAUUUACUGCAAAGCACUACUGUUUAUGAAUCUGGAUUAAAAUCAAGCAAGGAGGAUGCAGCAGGUGUAUCCACAAGCACCCAAGAAGAAAUGGAGAAAAAUAUAGAGGCUACUACAGGCAUCACUGAGAAGAAGCAAAUAACCACAUCUCCUGUGCCAGUUAGGAAGAACAAGCGCGAUGAAGAAAGAAGGGAGUCACAAAUUCAGAGUUAUUCACCACAAGCAUUCAAGUUUUUCAUGGAGCAGCAUGUGGAAAAUAUACUGAAGUCUCACCAUCAGCGUUUACACCGAAAGAAGCAACUAGAAAAUGAGAUGAUGCGGGUGCGUUUGUCACAGGAAGCUCAAGACCAAAUGAGAAAAAUGCUAUGUCAGAAAGAAUCCAACUAUAUCCGUCUGAAGAGGGCAAAGAUGGAAAAGUCCAUGUUUGUAAAAAUCAAAACUCUUGGCAUAGGUGCCUUUGGGGAGGUAUGCCUUGCCAGAAAGACUGAUACCAAUGCUUUGUAUGCUAUGAAAACCCUGAGAAAAAAAGAUGUUCUUCUUCGAAACCAAGUGGCUCAUGUUAAAGCUGAGAGGGAUAUCCUUGCUGAGGCUGAUAAUGAGUGGGUUGUACGGCUCUAUUAUUCCUUCCAAGAUAAAGACAAUUUGUAUUUUGUCAUGGAUUAUAUUCCUGGUGGCGACAUGAUGAGUUUACUAAUCCGAAUGGGAGUCUUCCCCGAAGACUUAGCCCACUUUUACAUAGCUGAACUCACCUGUGCUGUUGAGAGUGUACACAAGAUGGAUUUCAUACACCGUGACAUCAAACCUGACAAUAUCCUAAUUGACCGAGAUGGCCAUAUCAAACUUACUGAUUUUGGCCUCUGCACUGGAUUUCGGUGGACACAUGACUCAAAGUACUACCAGAGUGGUGAUCACUUGCGACAAGACAGUAUGGAUUUUAGCAAUGAAUGGGGUGAUCCAGAAAAUUGUCGUUGUGGAGACAGACUUAAGCCACUAGAAUGGAGAGCAGCCCGACAACACCAGCGCUGCCUUGCACAUUCUUUGGUUGGGACACCAAACUAUAUUGCACCUGAGGUUCUGUUGCGUACAGGUUAUACACAGCUUUGUGACUGGUGGAGUGUUGGCGUUAUACUGUAUGAAAUGCUGGUUGGGCAGCCCCCAUUCCUUGCACAGUCUCCUGUGGAAACACAAAUGAAAGUAAUCAAAUGGCAAACAACACUUCACAUUCCUGCUCAAGCCAAACUCUCCCCAGAAGCCUCAGAUCUCAUUGUCAAGCUGUGCCGAGGUCCAGAAGAUCGAUUGGGUAAGAAUGGAGUUGAUGAAAUUAAAGUACAUCCUUUCUUUAAAAGCAUAGACUUCUCCAGUGACCUGCGGCAGCAACCUGCUCCAUAUACUCCUACAAUAACUCAUCCUACAGAUACUUCUAAUUUUGAUCCAGUGGAUCCAGAAAAACUGUGGAAUGAUGAGGACAAGGAUGGAAACAAAAAUGAUACUCUUAAUGGAUGGUACAAGAAUGGAAAACACCCAGAACAUGCCUUUUAUGAAUUUACUUUUAGGCGAUUCUUUGAUGAUAAUGGCCAUCCAUACAACUAUCCAAAACCAUUUAGAUAUGACUAUGAUGACUCCCAAGACACUGGUGGAAAAGACUCUGAUGCAGAAGAAACUGAGCAAGAUGGGAACAGACCCCUAAACAGGGAUCUGGUAUAUGUUUAGUUGUACAUAUGUAUUAGUAAGUGAGGUCAGGGGUGUAACUACAGAGGAAGCAGAACCUGCAGCUGCAGGGGGGGGGCCCGGGAGGUAUAUAGGGCCCUAUGAAGUCCUAAUUUAUGAGCCAUUUUAAUAUGUAUUGGUAAAAUAGGACAACCUCUGCAUAUUUGGGGGGCCCUUAAAUAAAUUUGCUGUCGGGCCCAGUAACAUCUAGUUACGCCACUGAGUGAGGUACUACUAUAUGCACUUUCUUGCAGUACCUGGUUGUUAAUCACACACUCUAAUUGCUAUCAUUUAAUUAGGCUUGACAUUCAGAACCACCAUUUAAACUGGAUACCAAUGCUGUGGUUCCCUCAAACAGGUCUCUCGAACACUCAGGGGAAGCAUCUCCCUAUUGCAGCACCUUUUUUUUAUACCCGUGUUUUUAUGUUUUAUUUUAUAGUCUUAUUUAUAGUUACCCACUCAGAAUAACCUUUCAGUUAAACUGAUAAGUUAUGUUAUUGUUUAACGCCAAUGACAUGGUUAUUUGGUCUCCAGAGGAUGUUCACGAGGUGAAAAUAGCAUACAUAUUUUAUUUAUCAGGUGUACAUGGGAAACCUGUAAUUAAUUUUUAAUUUAUCCUUGGCAAAGAUUACUUUUAUGUCCGAUUUAUAAGUAUCUGCCAAAAAUAUUGUAUUUCAGUUUCUAGGUUAUUGAUGCAAAUCUUUGUUUAGCAUUCUAGUCUCAUUUUGUUUACUGUAAUUGUUAAACCGCUAUCUCUAAUAUUUUAAAACAGAAAUAUAAAUCUUGGUGUUAAUAACUGCAAUAUAAAGUAAAUUUAUACAUUUG